AUCUUCUUCACCAUCCUUUUCAUGAUCGUCUUUAUCAUUAGUUGCUAGGUUCCUCUUCAUCAUCAUUAGCUAGGUUCCUUGUGAAACCCAAAUCUGGGUUUCGCGAACCCAGGUUCUGGGUUCUGUGCUGCGUUCCUUGAACCCAAAAACUGGGUUCCAUGAGGAACCCAACAACUAGAUUCUUUGAGGAACCUGAUCUUGGUUUCGCAAACCCAAGUUCUAGGUAUUCCCUGGAAGGAGUUGAUUGUUUAGUAGGUUCUUCUGUCACCAAUUCAAAGGAGCAAUCUCAAACGACCAAGGACUGCCAGAGGAUCUUCAGCCUCACUCUGCCUUCCUUUCAUCCCAAGCUCAUGAUGCUUGCUUUCAUCUACCUCACCAAGACUUUGAAGGCCUGCUUCUCAAGUCCACUCUACAUUAAACCACCGGAGGAUGUGCGACCUGUUGUUAACAGGAGUAAUUCCUUCCCUGCUUUUCUUCAUCUGCAAGCUUAGCAGCUCUCCUUUCUGGUGUUAUUUCAAGUGUUUUGUUUCUGUGUCACUGUUUUUUUCUCAUGUUUUGUGUUUUGAUGGUCUAUAAGCUACCUUUUAUUUCUGGUUAAUAUAGUAGUUAUGUUUUA